AUGGCUGUUGAUCUUUCCGAUGAGUCCGCCUACGCUGUCCAUUGGGCUGUCCACCACUAUAUCCACCCCGGUGACGCUGUCAUCCUCCUCCAUGUAAGCCCCACCUCCAUCCUCUUUGGUGCCGACUGGGGCUCUAUCAACCUCUCUAUAUCCUUCACCGAAGUUGUUGACGAGGACGGCACCACCACCACAGCCACCAAAGCAUUCGAGCAAAAGGUGGAGGACGAUUUCGACAAGUUCACAGCGUUGAAAGCCGUAGAUCUAGCGAGGUUGUUGCGGGAGGCGCAAAUCCCGUACAAGAUCCACAUCGUGAAGGACCACGAUAUGAGGGAGAGGCUGUGUUUGGAGGUCGAGAGGCUGGGCCUCAAUGCCGUCAUCAUGGAGAGCAAGGGAUUUGGUGAGGAGCGACGCGAUAGAGAUGGUAAGCUUGGCAGCGUCAGCGAUUACUGCGUCCACCACUGUGUCUGUCCUGUCGAUGUGGUGCGAUAUCUAGACGAUACGAUGGUGGCGUGCAAGCCGUGGUUGACGCUAAGGAAGAGGAUUGGGGGGGGGGGGCACUUCGCAGAGAAGGGGGAGUGA